AUGUUCAUGUGGGUGCUGGGCAGCGGCGGGUGCGCGGCCGGGUCGGUGCGCGUGCCGCUCGACGGCGGCGGGGACGAUACCAAUCUACUCCGCCUCCAGACAUCACUCCCUCCGCUCCUACAGUUCGUGCCUCUUCCUCUAGCAAGAUCUGCGGUGGCUACACCUCCCGAGUAUGUCCUUGCGCUCUUCCUGUCCCACAUAGGAAGAGGCGGCCAGUUUCUUCAAUGUAUUGUAGACCCGUUAUUGAUAGGAAAUAAUAACAAAAGGGAAGUAUAUGUCACUAGACUUACUAAUCAUUUGCCACUCUUUUCUUCCGCUUUCCAAAUUCUUUUCCCUAGGGACGAGAUGUUAUGA